ACACCCGCAAAUGAGACAUAGUCUCCUGGAAUCUGGAGUGAACGAGCAAGAGUGCGCACUAGAGAGUGGCAGCGUGUGUGUGUGUGUUUGUGUGUUUGUGUGACUGACUCUGUGUUGCCGCUGAUUAGACCGAUUUCAUUCUUUCUUUACUGGAAACAAAGUGCUGGGUGGGGUGUAAAGAUCAGACUAAUGCAUCGACUUGUAGAAUUGAAAUGGUAACCCCAGAAAUCUAUUGUACAUCCCAUAUUUAUGCACAUAUCAGAUGUCAUCAGCCACAACACAGACAUUUUGCAUGCAAUGGUCUAUCUAUCACAUAAUCAUCUUUCUCCUCUGGCUCCUCACAGGAUGAUAUCCAGUCUGAUUCAGGCUUCCUGUUUCCUUGCGCCUCACCCAUCCUGUUUUGGCGAAGUAGUGGGUGUUACAAGGAACACAGAUAAUAUGUUCCUGGUAUCAUGUAGCCGAGGAAAGCAGUGCUUUUGGGCUUUGAAUAAACAGUGAAGAGGUUGACGCAUGACUGGUUGAUGUAUAAGUUUGUAAAAGCGAAGACAAAGAAGAGAGAGUCCUUCUGCGACAAUUUUCAGUGUAGAGCAAAGAUUAUCUCCGAAACAUUUAACAACAAAUUCAACACAUCUUUAUCAGUGUUCCUGUUUCUGUUGACGAGCUGGGAGGGUUGAAAUUUGGCUGGAUUUACUCAUCAUGAUGAAGCUGAUCUUGUCUCUCACUCUCAUCUGGACUCUCUCCAGCACAGCUGAAGCUCUUCAGUGUUGGCAGAUUUCAGGAAAUGCAACAGAGUUACUUCCAUGUAAAUCUACUGAGCUGUGUGCGACUACUGCCCAACAAGUGUUUGACUUAACACCAAAUAAGGAUUGGCGUUCCAUUCAGUUCCCCAGUUGGUUGUGUUUGCCAUCUUCCCAUCUCAGUGAAGGAAACCACACAGUUUCACUCAAUGUUGGUGUUAUAAAUAUCACAACAUCCGUUCAUGUGUGCGACACAGAUGGCUGCAACAGUCAAACCAUACCUUACCCUGGUGUUCAGGAGAAAAACGGCCUGAAGUGUUUCACCUGUAAUGAUCCACAUUCUCCUGUGUGUAACAAGACAGUAGAGUGUGUGGGAGUGCAGGACCGCUGCAUUAAUGGGACUGCGGAAGAUGGACGUAACAAGAAUGCAACACUACAUAUCUUUGGAUGUGUCUCUGCAAACAUCUGUGAAGAUACUCGACGCUUGGAGUUCUUCAUGAAAAUUAAAUUCCGCCAUAAACCAAAAUACUGUGAAAGAAACUUCUGUAACUCUGCUUGGUCUGUCAAACUCAGUGUGGUGUCUUUGCUGUUGGGACUCUUUACCCUUACCUUAUAUUAGAACUAAUAGAAACGACUAUAAUAGCAAAAGCAGCUGUGUAAUGUGUGUAAGUCGGCCAAAUACAUUGAUCAUCUUUUCAUUGAUUUACACAGUGACAUUCCUUAAACAUUUUGAAUGUUUCAGUUUGGUAAAUUAUCAUUUUAAUCAUAACUGCAGACAUUACCCUCAAACACAAUCUAUGCUGUACAUGUUUAUUUCAUUAUCUCUUUUCUGGAAACAAAGUGCAAAUACUUGUAAAAAGUUAAUACACCGGGAAAAGAGAAAUAAAGAACUGUGGAUGAAA